AUGGCCCACCUUCACCAUGCUCGCGACUUUGUCCACGAUUCCAAUUUCACCGAGGUUCAUGACGACUAUUACAACCCCAGCGAUAGAGGUCAUUCAAGACAUGAUGACAGUAUUGGUGGGCGCGGUGGCCAGGGUGGCAGGGACUCAUACCUCAGGAAACAGCCAAUUUUGACGCAGCUGAGCUCCCUGUGCCGGGGGCUCUUUGGACCAGAGACGUUGAGCCACUUUGUCGAGCCAGACCCCAGCGGGCUGGGAUUCUGGGCUCUGGUAUCCAUUACAAGGACCAGCCGCAAUGGGAAGCAGCGGGAGCUGAUUAACAUCGGUAUGGGCUCUGGGACGACUUUGGAAGAAGCCAAAGACAAGGCCGCUCGUUCGGCGUACGACUUUUUAUGUCAAAUGUACCCAGACAGAAUCUGA